AUGAAUAGUUCUUGGAUGUACCGUUGGUACGAUACCGUUGGCCCGCUGGUUCAGAGCCUGGCAUGCUUCGAUGGGAGCUCGGGGGGAGGUGCCGUUGCAACUGUUUGCUGGACCGGUCCCGCCGCCACCACCGUGGGCGCCGGCAGCGCCGCUGCUGCUGCCGCCAAGGCGGUGGAUGCGGCAGUACCGGUACGGCGACCGGCGCCGUCCUCCGCGGCCGCCCUGCUUGCCAGCGGCGGAGGUGGCAGAGGUGGCGAGCAGCCAGAAUUCCGAGAUAGCCGCCAAGCGGACGGCGGCGAGGGCGCUUGCGCGACUCUGGAGUUCCGUCGUAACGCCCACGGCAAGCCCCAUCUGAUCGUUCGGGCGCCCCUCGGGCCCGUACUGCAUCACAAUCUCACACACACACACGACUUGGCAGGUGUGGCGCUGCUCCGGCAACCGCAGCACCGGGAGACGGAGGCUUCUUCAGCCGCGUCAACGACACCUGGUGCCGUACACGUAUCGUACGGCGUCGGCCUGGACGUCGAGCGAUUAGACCGAGUCCCCCGGUACACUAUGGCGCUGGCUCGGAGGCGGCUGGCGGCGUCCGAGGUUCGCGACCUGGAAGCUCUUUCCGGGGAGGAGCGAGCUCGUCGUUUCAUGUGGUUGUGGACUCUCAAGGAGGCGUACGUGAAGGCCCGUGGCACGGGUAUCUCCGCGCCUCCGGGACUUCGGGGCUUUGCAAUCGGUUUCGAGGAUAUGCCCCCAGCCUCCUCAGCCUCCCCCGGUGACGGUGUUGGCGACUACUGCCAUUUCGAGGGCCCCCAAACGCACUUCAGCUUCUUGCUCUUCCAGCCCACCCCACAUCACGUGGGUGCGCUGUGCCUGGCGGUUCAUCCGGCGAGUGCCGCCGCGGCUGCCGUACGCACCGCCGCGGUCUCAUUGGCGUUACAGACCCACGCAGAUGGGCCCGUCGUCCGCGCCGCCGCCAGCGGCCUGGUGGUCCCCCACCAGCACCAGCACCAGCAGGAGGAGGAGGAGGAGGAGGAGGAUGAUGCUGCCGAGGUGUAG